GUUUGUUCACGGGCUGACGCGCUACCCUGGAAGCUUCAUGCAGAUGGACCUGCGAUACAUCACAAUGGCAGUCGUCCUCUGCAAAGCUGCGACCAACCUGCAGUGCCCUCUAGCUGUUGCUCGAUCAUCACAAGUUCGUCGACAUCUCAGCUUUUGCACCAGUGAUCACCUCACUAAUUCAAUUCCGAGGAAUAUCUGCUUCGCACAAUCGCGACGAAGCGGAAGAGCUCAAGUAGCUUGUCCGGUAAACGACGUCAAGGUCAGACUACCCCGGCACGUUACCGUCAGUCGAAGGGUCUAUUCGAGGGCUUCCGAUCCGCUGUGCAGAAAGCAGCAGCUGCAGGAAUUAUUCCUAAUAGACACCGAAGUGGAGAUCGAGUCACAGAUGCAUCAGCACGAGUUUGCGCUAGAGGAAUCUGCGAACGGCGCCGAAACGAACAAUGCAACAAUCGAAAGAAAAUCGCAGUGUGAUGGGGAAAAUGAAGAGAAUGAGGUGAACCCAGAGUGCAACACAGGUCUGAAGCGGGAGUGGCAUCUCACGGCGUUGGGGAAGAAGCAUGCGCGGGUGCCACAGUGCGGAGUGGAGGUGAGCAUCAUGUCGUACAACGUGCUAGCGCAGCAACUCCUGAUUGGCAACAGUUUCCUGUACGACCACUGCCAUCCGAACGUGCUGAAAUGGAGCUUCCGUUGUCGCAAUCUCCUGAGCGAGAUCACUGACGCCAAUCCAGACGUAUUGUGCAUGCAAGAAGUGCAGGAGGAUCAUUUUCAAGAAUUCUGGGAGCCACAGCUGGCAAGCUUAGGCUAUGCUGCUGUCUACAAGAAGCGCACGGACAACAGCAUGUACGAUGGCUGUGCGACGUUCGUCAAGCGCGACAAGUUCGUCAUCGAGCGCGCUCGCGUCGUCGAGUUCUUCCGCGCCGGCGUCGUGCCGCUCUCCAAGCACAACGUCGCCGUGAUCGUCGCUCUGCGUGCGCGUGCCGACCCCUGCAUGACCUCCGACCCCGGUGUGACCCCUGGCGGCGGCGCGCGGCUCUUCGUCGCUAACACGCACCUGCUGUUCAGCCCGACGCGCGGGGACGUGAAGCUCGCGCAGCUCAACCUGCUGCUGGCCGAGGUCGAUCGGGUCGCGUGCAGCGGCUACGACGACGCCGGUGCCGAGACGUACGACCCGGUCGUCGUCACCGGCGACUUCAACUCGCUGCCGCACUCCGACGUCUACAAGCUCACGACGAGGGGCCUGCUGCAGUACGCGGGACUGAACUGCGGCACGAUCUCGGGACAGGAGAACGCGCGGGCGCGGCUGCUGGACGCGCAGCUGCUGCCGGACUGCGUCGGCGUGUCCGAGCAGUGCCAGUACAUCGCCGUCUGCCGGCAGAGGUUGAUGUACGGCUGCCCCGUCGCCACGCCGACGCCGACGACGACGACGCCGGCCGAUCUCGGGCAUUCCUGGAGUGAGAUUGACGGGAUGUGGGAGCAGCCGUAUUUGCAGCGGCAUCUGCAGCAGCAGCAGCAGCAAUAUCAACAGCGGCAGCAGCAGCAGCAGCAACAGCAACAGCACCUACUGAACCUAGCCUCCGCGUAUGAGCACCGCGACGCGGGAGGCCAGCCCGAGGCGACGACCUCUCACGGGAGAGCCAACUGCACGGUCGACUACGUCUUUUAUGGCGUCGCGCUGAAGGAGUUGUUAAUAGACGCGGAUGGCAACGAUCACAGCUCAGUGGUUGCCGAGGGCGCGCUCAAGUUACUGGGCAGGCUCUCGCUGCCGUCGGACGCGGACUUGGAUAAACAUGGGAGGUUGCCGAGCAAGUUUCUGUCGUCGGAUCACGUUUCCCUCGUGACGAAAUUUCUGUUGACGUCCUAA